UGAGUGAGCGAGUGAGCGAGCGAGUGAGCGCAACCCAGCUCACAGACUAGCCAUCUCCACACAGGCGUAGCGAACUGCGUGGGUAAACGGAGUGUUUGCAUCGGGCUCUACUGCAGUAUUUCAAACUGAUUUUUGUAUGUGUUUUACACCUGUUACAUAGAGAGAAGGCUUUGCUUUAUCGGUCGAUACUUUUUUCUGGAACUUCAAAAGCGUACCAUUCCUUUUUGGAGGAGUUUCAAAGGGACGCGUUUUAGAUAUGGACAGUCGGGAGUCUACUGCAUGGGAAGACUCGCCGGUGUCACCAUUUGCCUAGUAGGUUCCUAGUCAACGGAAUUGGAAACUCACUACCUGGGACUUUUUUGUGGAUGUUUGAUGAAGCGCUUUCCGCACUUGGCUAAUUCUGGGAUACCUUGGAUUUACAAGGAACCGGGACCUAUCGUGUCUUUCGAUUGUUUUAGUUUUCCCCAGUUGAAAGGAACUCUCGCUUUCAAAGUCGUAGUGAAAACAUGGAGACUGUAACUCGACAAAGCUUCCAACCUCACCCAGGACUGCAACAAACUCUCAAGCAGUUUCAUCUGAGUUCUAUGAGCUCCCUCGGCGGACCGGCGGCUUUUUCUGCUCGAUGGCCACAUGACCUCCUGUUCAAGAAGGAUGGGAAAGAGCCCGAGCCCGUGCUGCAUCUGCCCAUGCAGCCACCGACAGUGAUGCCGGGGCCUCUCUUCAUCCCGUCCGACCGCUCCACUGAGAGGUGCGAGACGGUCUUGGAGACAGAGACUGUCUCCUGUUUCGUGGUCGGCGGCGAGAAACGGCUGUGCUUGCCGCAGAUCCUUAACACCGUCCUUCGGGAUUUCUCCCUCCAGCAGAUAAACUCGGUGUGCGACGACCUCCACAUCUACUGCUCCAGGUGCACCGCGGAACAGCUGGAAAUCCUCAAAGUCAUGGGGAUCCUUCCAUUCUCCGCGCCUUCCUGCGGACUCAUAACCAAAACUGACGCGGAGCGCCUGUGCAAUGCCCUGAUUUACGGGGGCACCUACCCUCCGCACUGCAAGAAAGAGUUUUCUGGCUCCCUGGAGCUGGAGAUCACGGAGAGAAGCUUCAAAAUAUACCACGAGUGUUUCGGAAAGUGCAAGGGUCUCUUCGUCCCGGAGCUGUACACCAGCCCCAACGCAGCCUGCAUCCAGUGCAUGGACUGCAGACUCAUGUACCCGACCCAUAAGUUCGUGGUGCACAGUCACAAAUCGUUGGAAAACAGGACUUGCCACUGGGGCUUUGACUCCGCCAACUGGAGGGCAUACGUCCUCUUGGGCCAGGAUUACACGGGGAAAGAGGAGAAGGCGCGCCUGGAGCAGCAUUUGGACGAGAUUAAAGAGAAAUUUGACUUCGCCAACAAAUAUAAGAGGAAAGCAUCAAGGGAGUGGCCCAGUUACAAGGACUCUGUCGUUGGCACACACGGGCACUCAGACUCUUCAGCCUGCUAUAAACUCAAUCAUUCUGGGGAGAUAGAGAGAGACAAAGCAUCAGAUCCCAUCCCAGCCAAGAAGUCUAAACAUGAAGACUUCCCAUCGCUGCCCCUGUCCGCUGAGAAAGAGAAGCAACCCGAUUGGUUAAGAUCCCUCUCGGCUUCAGACAAUACGGGGCUCAACUGCAUCCAGCCCAGACAGAGACCCUCGGCUUUCAGGCCCUGGUCCCCUAACCUCUCGGCUGGGGACAAAGAGACGCCCAACCGCCCUCUGGCUGCACUGAGAGACAGCUUCUACAACUUCAAGACGAUGGAGAGUGCCGUGGCCCCAAACGUUGCCCUCACACCCCUCCCCCAGGCAAAGGCGGGGCCGCUGUCCCCGUCCGUGCCCAGCACCUUCCACCCCAGCGCCAGGGAGGCCCCAGGAGAAGGGGCCAUCUCCAGGCCCCGGAAGAGAAUGGCCACCGGGGAGCUCCCGCACCCAGGCCCUGAGCCCCUCUGCCCCCCAUCAGCAGCAGCCAGCAAGCCCACACAGGAGGACUCAGAGGUUGAGAUUGAGGUGGAGAGCCGAGAGGAAUUCACUUCGUCCCUUUCCUCCCUCUCCUCCCCAUCCUUCACCUCCUCCAGCUCGGCUAAGGACCUGAGCUCGCCUGGCGCACAGCGCCCAGUGUGUACAUUGACGUCGACUGUAUUGACCCCAGAGGGUGGCCCUUUCACUGGGGUAGCAGCAGCAGCAGUGGCAGUGGUGUUGGCCCCCGAUGUACCCGGGGCCGGGGGUCUUGAGUCGGAGCUGGAGACCCUGAGGCAGGCGCUGGACAGCGGGCUGGACUCCAAGGAGUCUAAGGAGAAGUUCCUGCAUGAGAUCGUCAAGAUGAGGGUGAAGCAGGAGGAAAAGCUUGGCUCAGCUCUGCAGGCCAAACGCAGCCUCCAACAGGAGUUGGAGUUCCUGCGGGUGGCUAAGAAAGAGAAGCUCAGGGAGGCCACGGAGGCCAAGCGGAACCUGAGGAAGGAGAUUGAGCGCUUGCGUGCUGAGAGCGAGAAGAAGAUGAAGGAGGCUAAUGAGUCACGCAUGCGUCUGAAGAGGGAGCUGGAGCAGGCCCGGCAGCUCCGAGUGUGUGACAAGGGUUGCGAGGCGGGCCGCCUGCGCGCCAAGUACUCGGCACAGAUCGAGGACUUGCAAAUGAAGCUCCAGCAUGCCGAGGCAGACCGCGAGCAGCUCCGGGCAGACCUAAUGCUGGAACGGGAGGCCAGGGAGCACCUGGAGAGAGUGGUUAAGGAGCUGCAGCAGCAGCUGUGGCCCAAGAAGCAGGACAAAACAACCAAGGAUACCCCCGCCAACAACUAGCCCCUUCCACCAUCAACCCCCUUCCAAUCCCCCACCAUCAGCACCCCAAAACAAAACUACGCCCACCCCACCCAACCCAACCAGAGAGACUGAGUUAACAGAGACAAAAAAUAGAGAAAAGCAGAUAUAUCGAACCUCUAUAUGUGCACGUAUCCAUCCUCACAAAAAAAUGUAUGAGUGCUUGGGUGCAUCCUUGGAGCAAGAAACAAAGCAAGUCAAACUCUGUAUGUAUAACUAGGACAAGCACUGAAAUGCACCUCUCCUCCAAAAACUGAAAAUUGAAUCUGAAGAAGAAAAAAAUAUAGCACAAAAUAUGGUUGUGCCUGUAUUUUCUCUGAGACAAAAACUGGUGAGCAUUUUGGAUACAGACUUUUCUAUGAUGAAAAAAACAGGAUAAUAAUACAAGAUAUUAGACUGGCCUGUUUAGAAACAAAAUGGAGGGCUUUCAAAAUGGCAGACGAGCCGAGCAGGAGGACUGGACUCUGCCCACGUGCCCCAGCAGGACUUCUACUCCAUUUCCCGUGAAGAAGUUAAAUAAUUUUAUGACUUUAUAAGCUAUUUAAGAGUUCAUAGUGAUAUAAAAAAAAAUAUUUAAAAAAAAUCUUUGAUUCUUUGUUCUAUCGGAGCUUAAAAAAAGAUUUACAAAAUAUAUUAACAGACAACAAGCAAGACAAACUACCACCAGUACCACCAUGGUUCGUCGGUGUGUAGAGCAGGCCAUUGCGAUCCACCGAGGAAAAGUUUGAUCUUUUUUUUUUGUACUAUUCCAGAAAUACAUAACGUUUACUAUGGGAGAGGUGAGGAGGAUGGCAUUGGACUAGAUAUUUUAUCUCUUUGGAACUUGUAAAGAACUUAUAAAGAUAAACUUUGUGAUCAAUUUGGAUCUGGGUGCAAUCUGAAGCCCAGACCUCUGUCAGUUUCCCCGGGACUGUCGGUUAAAACUAGCUUGCCUGUGUUUCCUCCUUUUCAUUUGAUUACCGAGAGUUGACAUGACUUGCUCAAAUUAAGAUUAAAAAAUUAAACAUUUGAAUAUUAUGAUUUUAGGGCUGGAAGUGGCACCUUUAGCCAGAACCACAAAAUGUUAUUUUUAAUUAAAUUAUGUUAUGUAAAUAUAGAUAUGUUUUUUUUUACGUUACAAUUAUAAAUCGCACUUUGUCAUAACAAAAUACUGUUAUAAUGCAUUAUACUCCCACUAUUGUCUUCAAUCUUCCAUUGGAGAGGACAUAUCCAUGACAAGAACAAUAUAAAUCCAAGUGAGCAUUUUGUUAAUUAUAUGCAACUCAUUUAAAUGCAAUGUAUUCAUGUGUUUAAGACAAAAUAUUGUAAAUAAAAUGAGAGAGAAAAGGGGUGUACACGCUUGCUUGCUGAUACAGUUUGGGCUGUUGAAAAAUGUCAUUACGAUCAUUUUUUGGCACUAAUUAUACCCCUUUGGCUGUUUAAUCAAUUGACACUCCUCAAAAUAGAAAGAUAGUGGGACGUAAGAUUGCAAAACACAGAAUGUCUUCGAGUGCUCAUCUCUCCUACAUUUUUGGUAUUUAUUAAUACGCCAAUGAUUCAUCGAAGUUCCAAGGUGUUAAACAGAGCUGUUCGACCAGUCAUGGAAAAGCAGUGAUUGUUAAGAGUCCGAAGACACAUUGCUCACAUGUUUACCUGGGAGAAAUUCAUGAUUAAUUCAAGAAUACAUUUAAUAAUGCUCCAAAUACACAGUGGGUACAAUGCAAUCAGAAUGUACGUUGUGUUUAUGCCAUUUUCCUUUGGUUGUUGAUGUUGUGGGAUAUUUUUAUUGCUUGUCUGUUUCUCCAAUCGAAAACUCAUAUUUUCUUUCAUAUGCAUGACAUUUGAGAAGGUUUACCAUACAUAUAGUCAUUAUUGGGCAUUGAUACUGUACAUGUAAAGGUUUUAUUGUGUUAUGCAAUAUACAGAAAACAUGUAUUUUUUAAAGAAAAAAACCCUAAUUUUAAAGGAAACUAAACGUUGUUUAUUACAUAGAUCAGAAGAAGAACUACUUCAUAAGUACACCCCAAAACACAACACAAGUUCAAACGCAAUGCUGGACAACCGCAAGUGCCUGAAAGUGGGCAGAUGGUUUCCAGAUCAGGAACACUGGCGAUGAAGUAAUUGUAGCUGGCCCAUAGGGACAUGCUCAGAGUCAACUCCACCACGGGAUGUCAUUACCGUCACAGUGCAGAUGUCAAGCCUGUCACACAGUGCAGACACUGUCAAUGGAGGGGAUACUUUCUUUUUGCACUCUCGAGGGGAGUAUCUAGAACAUUCUCCCUCCUCUCAGCACUAUCCCUCUCGACAGGCCUGACUUGACUACCUUGCUCAAGUCACAAGAUGAAGCUAUUGCAGUUUACGGUAGUAAUUACAUUUUCUCUACAUUAUCAAUAAAAAACAAUUUAAUUACUUUUAACUGCUAAAAAAACUAUAAUAUCUGUAAUUCAUUCAGAAAUGCUCUUUCAGAGAUAUGCAUGUCAAAAACAAUUAUAGGUAUCAACAGAAAACAUAUGUACCAUAGCUAUUGCGGUAUUAUAAGGUUAAUCUUGGUUGUAGAUAAGGAUGUCAUACCAGUUUUACAUGAUCUGGUCUGCCUAUCCAAAGGUGGACAUCUAUGACUAGUGAAGAGGGCAUUAUGUUGAAGCCUUAACCAACAUUAGAAAGGGCAAUGUUAUUGUGAGACUAACACUGAGUUUGUGACUUUGACAGACCUUAAAUUGGCACAUUUUAUAGUUGUUUUUACACUCAAACAAAUUGAUAUUUGUAGUUUCCUUUUCAUGGUUUUCUACAAAAAGGGGAGAAAAUGACGACAUUGGCGCUUCGCUCCCAAGUAAAAGAAAAAAACGGGUUAAAUUAUUUAUCAUUUUCUAAACAGGAACCAUUUUCCUAAAUGGACGACAAUAAAGCAGCAAUAACAGUACAUAUUCAUAGACAAAACUAGCCAGUGUGAAGAUUAAAAAAGAAGAAUUUACAAAUGUAAAUAAUUUUUCAUUUACAAUAUUGUAUUAUAUAUGUACAAUGUUUAUCCUUAUUCAAAAAGAAAGCUUUUCUGACACAAUAGCUGUCUUGUUUGUUUUUUUUGAGUUUGUGUUUUAACCGAGAACAUGUUUUUAAAAAAUCAUUAUUGCAGUGCGUUAGAGAAUAUACCCUACAUAAAUAUGUUUUAUCCCAUUGUUUGGAUAUUUUUUUUUUACUGUAGAGUCUUUAUAUUGAAUGACUUUUUUCACCAGUUCAUAUAUAUUUUUAACAAUAUAUUCAAUAUCAAAUAAUGUCCCCAUGGUAAAAAUGAGUCACACAGGAACUACCGUCACCUCGUAGAUUUUUUUCCCCAUCCUUGUAUCUUUUUAGCCCUACGCUGCUGCUAAUACUAUAUCAACUUUACAAUUCUAGAAAUAUUUUUAUGUAAGAGGUAAAUGUGUGCUUUCUCGUUUAUUAAUCACGCAUAUAGUAUGAAAAAAAAGCUUGGCUUAUUUAUCUAUUCCUUCCUUUCCCUUGUUUUAGCGCGCCUUUUUCCACCUCCCCCCAUCGACACCCUCUCCCUCUCUCAUGACACGGACUAUAUUGUAAAGUAAAGGACUUUAUGAGAUUAUGUUUGAAAAUAGCUAUGCUUAUAUACCACAGUGACUGAAUGUACAGUGUAUAGAUGCAUUACCAGAAAUAAAGUCGUUUGUCCAGAUGA